AUGCAAGGGAAACUGAAGAAAGCCCGCUGCGGUCUAUCCACGGGUCCUGGCUGCUUCUAUGAUCCGGAUCGAGACGACGACGACAUGAUUUGCUACUGUAACUCCACCCUCUGCAACGACAAGGAUAACCAUGGCUUUCCACCUGAUUCCCUUGAAUGCUACGACUGCGACGACGAGAAAGAGUGUGGAGAUGACGUCGCCCUUUGGAGCACGCAAAAGUGCGUUGGCCCUACGCCAGGGGGUAAUCAAUGGCACUGUUCUAGCGAAUGGCAAGACGGGAAACUGAAGAAAGCCCGCUGCGGUCUAUCCACGGGUCCUGGCUGCUUCUAUGAUCCGGAUCGAGACGACGACGACAUGAUUUGCUACUGUAACUCCACCCUCUGCAACGACAAGGAUAACCAUGGCUUUCCACCUGAUUCCCUUGAAUGCUACGACUGCGACGACGAGAAAGAGUGUGGACAGGACGCCAAACACAUCUGCCUUCCAGCUGGUUACCAGCUGGAAUUGAUGUCUGCUUCCAAGCUGAAUUCCAGCUGGUCAAAACCCAUCUACAAUCCAGCUAGUUACCAGCUGGAAAUGAGUGUUUAUCGUCUGGAUUCUGGUGGGGCAGUGGUAGCACACCUGACCAGUCAGGAGGCCCGGGUUCGAUUCACGGCCGUCCCCAGCUUCUUUUUAUUUGUCCUCUCAUGCCAUCCAACUCUCCCAUCCCGGCCACCUGCAUUACAGUACUCCGGG